AUGGCACAAUCUUUUCUUUUAUUUCUUCUCUUGAAAUACUUAUUCUUAAAUCAUAAUCAUUUGAUGGCACAUAAAUGGUUAUAUCUUUUAAUCUCACUUUCUUUUCAAAAAUUACAUCUUCACUAUCCUUCACUUUAA